GCCGAUAAACCCCACUGAAGAAGAAGAACCAGAAGGAAAAGAAGGAGUGGCAACAAAAACGUCGACUUGCUAUUGCUAGACAGUUGGCUUUUGAAGAAAGCGUAGAGACUAUUUGAACAAUAAGUUAAGAAUUUUCUAAAUACCAUAGCAGAUAAUUAUUGGAAAUUGUUAUAGAAAGUGCCAUGCACGCAAACACGGUAGUUAACUGAUCAAGCUAACGUUAGCUAAUUAGCCAGGCUAGAUAUCUCGCAGGUUCCAUCCAUUACCAGCUAAUGUUAGUUAAGUAGCUAACGUUAACUUAGUGGUGUCUGUCUUUCCACGUCAACACAGUGUGAUUUCGACAAGUGGAUAUUGCGAGAAGUUCAUCCGUUUAGGUGGGGAACUUUACAGUACAGAACAAGCAAACAAACCAAUCCAGGAAAUCGUGUGCUGCUGCUCGUUACGGGAAAAUAAGACGUCAUGCUGCCCUCAAAAGACGUCUGUUGGUCCUUGACAAUAUGGAUGGUACACCUUGCUUUCAUGGUUGUCACUGUUAAAGGUAAGGUCAACUAGAAUCAUUUAUAUUUCUAUGCAACUCACCCUGUCUACGGUCGGUGGUUUGAAGCUUAUACCGUCUAUGGUUUUAAGGUUUUUGACUCCUGCAUUUGGCUGCCUUGGUCUUUAACAUGAACUCUCCCACAUAUUUCAGCUCAAGAAUGCUCCAAACCCAUAGGAAAGCCCAACAUGGUUUUGACAAAAUCCUUCAUCACCAAAGAGACAUUUGGAGACGGAACAGAUGCUAAUUUUGAGUGUGAAAUUGGAUAUGUCCGUAAAGGAGGGUCUCGAUCAGUCACCUGUACUGCUGGCGUUUGGAGUGAAGUGAAACUGACAUGCGAAAGUAAUUCCAAUAAUUGUAUUUAUUAUUGUGGGGAAAACUUUAUAUAUUCAUAGCCCAUCCAUAAAACUCAGUGAAAUACUAUCCUAAGCCUAGCCUGGAAUCUGGACCUGUUUUGUGCAAAACAUUCUACUCCUUGCCACUACAUGUCAUAUGCCAAUAUGUUUGGCAUAUGACAUGGAGUGGCAUGUUAGCACAAAACAAGUCUGUAUUCCAAGCUAGCCUACAUUUCCUCUGUACAUGAGUCUGACUAGUAUUCUUCAUGGUUUUCAGAAAAGACAUGUGGCUCCCCGGGAGAAGUGGAGAACGGCAUUUUUAGUCUCAAUGGAGGGAUUCUGUUUGGUGCCAAAGCUUCUGUUACCUGUGACACUGGGUCAGUGCAAGGCUGUUUGCUUCCCCCUGCCCACUCGUUCUUUCUUGCGCGCGUGCUCUCGCUCUUUAAUAGGGCUGAACUGAGUGCUUUAACAUGUCAACUGUCAUGUUUCACAAAGCAGUCAAUUUGCAGGCCUAAUUUUGUGAUUUCCAAAUAGGCCUUAAUCAAACUUUUCCUCCCUAAAAGCUAAAGGAAAUGUUUGUAAUGCUUAGCGUAUGAACUACCUUUACUAUCAUGAUCAGAUGUGAACAGUAUGUUGUAACUCCUUGCUAUUCCAAAACUGUCUCAUAUUGUGUAAUCUUUCUCAGCUAUACGCUUGUGGGCAGCAGUGUAAGGAACUGUUUGGACGAAGGCUGGGAUGGCAGAGUUCCUGUAUGUGAAGGUUAGUCAUCUGAAGGAGCAUGUCAAGUUAAAAUAACAAUAACUUCAACAGUUCUAUGCUUGUGCCCAGAUCAAAACUGUUCAUAACUGCUGUUGUGCUCUACUCUGCAGUGGUGAAGUGUGGAAAGCCCCCCACCAUUGUCAAGGGUGGACCUGUUAUCCCACCUGAAGAUGAGUACAGCUAUGGAAGUGUUGUGGAAUAUAGCUGUGAGAAUGAUUACACUCUGGUUGGAACUAGAUCCAUAGCCUGUGACAAGGACGGAGAAUUCCAGCCAGCUCCACCUGAGUGUAAAGGUACGUUGGAAGCUUGCCUUUUUUCCCCUUCAUUGUUUUAAACAGUCAUAAUUAUGGUUGUUGACAAAACAUAGAACUGUUCACAUGAACUGCUCACACUGGUAAGAUCUAUUUGGGAUUCCACUUUCUUCCUCCACCACACAAUCAUGAUCAAGGUCAGGGUCCAGAUGACCUCUUCUAAAAAAUAAUUUAAAAAAAAACGUUUAAAUAUCUAUUAUCUAACCUGAUUAAAAAAUAACAUAAACAGAGAUGUGCAUGGGACAUUGGCUAAUAGAGCAGUCUAAAACAUGGUUUAUGUGUACUGUGGGCCUAUUCUAAAAACCAUGAUGCAACAUUGAGCUCAGAGGAAGUGGGUUACAAAAAAUCUAGCGUAUUUAUUGAAAGCCUAGUUCCAGAAUACAUAAAUAAGUUGUUAUAGCAAAAUUGUGAUAAUAUUGCCUUCAAAUAGCCUAACACUAAUGAGAAACUUGGGCCCGCCAUGUUCACAACAGUAUCUAAUGAACAUCUCUCUUUGUUUACAUCUGUAGAGGUUUCAUGUCCUACUCCUUUUGUUGAGAAUGGCGUUAGGACUGAAGGUCGUCUACCCCCCUACACGCACAAGUCUUUUGUGACGUAUAAGUGCAAAGAUGGAUAUGAGAUGGAGGGAAUGGCCAGUUUGACCUGUGAAAUAGAAGGCUGGUCAGCUCCUGAUCCCAAAUGCAAAGGUAAGACUUGUUUC